AUGUGUACAUCAAGUCAAUCUCAUGACUUGGCAGAUCUCGUAAUUACUGUGCCAUCAAAUGAGUUUGAGCCGUUUGUCCCAAGUGGAUAUUGUGGUGGGGGUUGCUUUAAAUGUGGUGAGAGUGGACAUUUUUCACGUGAAUGCCCAAAUGCAGAGUCAGGCGGCGGUGGUGGUGGUGGGGGUGGAAACUGUUUCAGGUGUGGAGAAAGCGGACAUUUUGCCAAAGAUUGUACUAAUGAAGACACAAGAGAAGGAGCUGCUGACAGGCCAGCACCAGUGACAUAUGUACCUCCACCGCCACCGGAAGAGGAGUCAGAGAUUUUUUCAACCAUUGAAACUGGGAUAAAUUUUAGCAAUUAUGAUGCCAUUCCUGUUGAAGUUACUGGACGUGAUGCUCCUAAACACAUCAACUCAUUUGACGAGGCAGAGUUGUAUGAAACAUUUGCCAAAAAUGUGGCAAAAGCUAAGUAUUUGAAGCCUACUCCUGUGCAGAAAUACAGCAUACCAAUAAUACUAAGGGGUAGAGAUCUGAUGUCUUGUGCCCAGACUGGUUCUGGUAAAACGGCUGCAUUCUUACUCCCGGUUUUAACCGGCAUGAUAAAAUCCGGCCUGAGUGGCAGUUCAUUUUCUGAAGCAGUAGAGCCUCAGGCUCUAGUGAUCACACCAACAAGAGAAUUAGCUCUCCAAAUACAUCAUGAAGCUUUGAAGUUUGCUUAUUCUACCAUAUUGAGACCUGUAGUUUGUUACGGUGGUACCAGUGUUCAACAUCAACUUAGAGAGUUAUCACGAGGAUGCAACCUUUUGGUAGCCACUCCAGGAAGACUACUUGACUUUGUUGGCAAAGGCAAAGUUGGUUUAGGAAAACUGAAGUAUCUUAUUCUUGAUGAAGCUGAUCGUAUGUUGGAUAUGGGAUUUGAGCCAGAAAUAAGAAGACUAGUGGCCAGUCCCAAUAUGCCGAGCAAAGAAGAUAGGCAAACCCUCAUGUUUAGUGCUACAUUUCCAGAAGAAAUUCAAAAACUAGCUGGUGACUUUUUGAAUGAUUAUAUUUUCCUAACAGUUGGCCGUGUUGGGGGCACCACUCCAGAUAUUGAGCAGUCGGUUGUUCAGAUGGAAUCUCAGUUUCAGAAAAAGGAAAAACUAAUGGAAAUACUUAGUAAUGUUGGUACGGAGAAAGUUGUGGUGUUCGUUGAAACCAAACGAAGUGCUGAUUUUGUGGCUUCUUACCUAAGUCAGUCUGGCUUUCCCACAACCAGUAUUCAUGGAGACCGCUUACAGAGGGAAAGAGAAGAGGCCUUGUCUUGUUUUAAGAGGGGUGAGACUCCUGUUCUUGUUGCAACGUCGGUAGCAGCAAGAGGUUUGGAUAUCCCUGGUGUAAAACAUGUUGUAAAUUUUGAUCUUCCUGAUAACAUAGAUGAGUAUGUACAUCGUAUUGGACGUACUGGUCGUGUUGGUAACAUAGGAAAAGCUGUAUCUUUUUUUGAUAAUGACAGAGAUACUGCGUUGGCGAGACCCCUAGUCAAAAUACUUUCAGAU